AUGGAUAAUGAAGAUAGAUUGAUUACAGAUCUGAUCAACAGAUACAGUGUACAAAUAAAGUUUAAAAAGAACCAAGGAUAUCAGACAUCCGAUCAACUCCAACAGAAUGUCCUAAGAAAACAUAACGAACAGACUCUCAUUGAUUUAAGUUCAAAUAAACUAAAUUUAAUAGCCAAUGGUUUAUCAGAUAUAUUAGAUUCUUUAACAAAAAAAAAAGAUAAAGAAGAACCAAACGAACAUAAUCUAUGGGCACAAUCAUAUACACUUGGAUUAUUAGCAAAAUGUAUGGAACAUCAAUGGUUUCAUAUAAAAUCACAAUAUAGAACAAUGUCCAAUAAUGUUUCCGAUGAAAAAGAAGCAUUGAAAUUGAGGGAGAAAGAAGAACAGUUGUUACCACCACCCCUACAGGAUUCAAUGGCAUCGAGAAUCAUUGGAAUUGCCAGUGGCUGUUUGAUUCGAUGUCCUUCAGAGUCUGACACCUACAUCAAUAGCGGCAAGUUGAUCUACCAGCUAUCGGCUACCAACUACGACCAGGUCUAUGCAAAGAUCGUCGAUACGCUCUCGGCCAUCGUGAAUGCCUCUAGUGGCAAUGUGGCAGCCGACGAAUCGAUCACCACAUCGGCAUACGUAACCGACACCGAUGUUACAAUAUUAAAACCGAUUGCAUAUUCAAUAGAGGGUGAAUUAAAGGAUAGAUUUAUUGUACAACAAAAGGGUGUAGAGUUGGAAUCUAUUAAUUUGGAGACAGAGUUUCUGGUGGCGUUGUUCAAGACAUCGUCGAAAAAGUUGAGUGUAAUGCUACCGGAUUUGAUGCAUGCCGAUUCACCUAGUUUUAAAAUCGUUCUUUUGAAAUCUAUUAUCAAGAUUGUUAUGGAUGAUUCUCAUCCUAAUAAACUGCCUUGGUGUCCGUCACUCUCUGAAGCAUAUCCCAUUGUUUCUUCACAACUCAAACAGCUGUUCAUAGAUUGUCUUCAAUCCGUCAGAUCCAUAAACAACACACCAAGACAACUAACAGAUAAAAGCAGCAGUAAAAAACAUCAAGAUAAACAUUCAGACAUACAAAUCAUAACACUUUUAGUACAACUCUAUCAUUUAGAUCCUAAAUUUGCAUUAUAUCCAAUGAAAACACCAGUACAAGAUUUAGAUGAUUUCAAAUCGAUAAUGGUUGGAUUAUGCUUAAUUGCAUCGUCACAAACGCUAUCGAGUGAUUUGGUUGAGAUGGCUGGUGCAACGUUGAUAAAGAUGCAUCAGAUAUCGAGUAUUGAAUGCUGGUACGAUAAGAAGUUGACCAAUGGAUUCUGGGAGAUAAGUUCCACCGUGAUUCGCAGUCUGCUCCGUCGCAUUGCAUCACCCACAACAGGAAACACCACCGCUUGGGAAGAGUUAUUCUCAAGAUGGACUGCAACAACUCCACUACUUGUUAGCAUAACAGAUGAUAUAAACAAUGAUGAUACCGUUUUGGCUGCGAAUGCAGGUGCAACAGGUAGUUCGACAACAACAACAACAACUGGUGGUAGUGGUGGCAGUGGCGCAGCUGCCAGUUCGGCAGGUGGACAACUCAGUCAAGGAAGAACUAGAAGUAGAAAGCUUACGAAUACACCUACCUCGACUGUUGAGAAAGCCAAGUUGAUAACUGUGUUCAUGGACGAACUGGUGGAGUUGAUGAUCUCCAUCGACUUUAAGAGGUCGCUGUUGGAUCUCCUUAUCGAUUGGACAACCAUAUUCAAUCCCAACACUAUAGCCAGCAGCGGCAGCAACAACAAUAGCGCAGGUAAUCUCAGCAAUAGUCUGACAAGUAGUAGUGCAUCGAUCAAUGGCAAUACACUAUCACAGUCACCUUCCGAACCAUCUUUCCUCUCUGACUCUUUUGAUUCGAAAUCAAACAACAACGAUCUAUCUUGUAUUUCAUUACUCUCCAACAUCCUCUCGGGUCUUAUAUUCAACACAAAUGAUCAUGCAGGUUUAAUGUUAUUCAAAAAGUAUUUCAAUAUAUUCUUUAAUCAAUUAACAAAGAAACAACCAGAAUUGCUUCAUGAUAAUAAACAAAUGAAUGAUGGUAUUAUACAAUGUAUUUGUAAUAUGAUUUAUUCAAAUUCAAACUAUGAUUACUUUGUUCAGAUUGGAUAUCACGAGGAAGCAGAGACUAGAGCUGCAUUCCUGCAAGUGUCUGCCAAUGUUAUAAAACAAUCGAAUCUCCAUCAACGACAACAGAUUGCAGCUAGCAGUGGUGCAUCCGCUGCCGAUCUACUCUUGGAUGGCGCAGGCAGACCCUCCUCCCACUGGAAACCGGCAGGUGCAUCGAUAACUGUGUCACCCUCCACUUCGUCACUGUCGUUGGAGGACACCAAGUACCAGCAGUUCUACGAGUUACUCCUACAGGCACCGGACUAUCAUGCACUCAUCUCGAUGUCGCAGAUCAACGAUAGCGAUGAACUGGCACGUGCUUUGAUCUACUUUUACGAUCAAUACGACCGAACUCUUCCCGCCUUGAAAAAGAUCAUACAAUACGAGGUGUCGACGACAAAGUCGAGUUCCACCUCAACUCUGCUACGAGGAAAUAGCUUGGGAUCAAAGAUGUUGGCAUCCUAUAUCAAGAUGAUAGGUACUCCCUACUUGAAACAAGCGUUGGGUACGCCCAUCGGUAAGAUCUUGGCAAACAAUACAUCGAUGGAGAUUGACACCACCAAGUUGGGUCCAAAUGAUGAUAUUCACGCCAAUAUCUCCAGAUUAUCUUUGCUGGCAAAGAUAUUCAUCCGAUCGAUUCAAGAGACCAUUUGCAGUGUUCCCGCUCCGAUUCGUGAGUUGUCCUCCUACAUUGUCAAGGAGCUGUCACAACACCAUCCCGGAACAGAAAAGUUGACGGUUGUCGGUAUUAUGUUUCUAAAUUACUUUAUCAACUCGUUGGAGCGUCUCGGUAAGGUGUUGGUAACGAUGGGACAACCGAAGCUUUCCGACCAAAUUCAAUCGGUGCUUCGUACACUCUCUGUCACUCUGAACUCCAUUCAACCAACGGCUGAAGGCGCUAGCACCAAUAGCAUCGUUGAGUUACUCCAGCGAUUCGAACACACCAAUAUCGAUUAUCUCAAACAAAAGAAGUUGUUCUACCAACAGGGAUACACUCUAAAGGACAGACAGCCUGUUUUCUACUAUAUCGCGAGAAGGUUCGAUGCAUCGAUGGAUCAAGAUCAUCUCUUUUACCUCAUGUUGAAGACAGUGGUCGAUAGCACUGAUACCAAUCUCUCUAAAGAUUUUACCAUUGUCAUUGACUGCACUCUGUCAACCGCUAGUCACAAUAUUCCGUUGGCUUGGUGUGCGACAUGGCUGCGUCAUCUUCCACCAAAGUUAUUUGCCAAUUGUUCGAUCUACAUUGUUAAUCCAUCGCGCUACAUCAAAUCUCACUUCAAGUCCAUCUAUAAACUUGUUGGCGGACAACAGUAUCGUGUUAAAAUGUUGUUGUUCCUCUCAAAUUCCGUGCGUUUAUUCGAGCAUAUUGAGACGGCUAAUCAUGGACUGCCAGAGUCAACUCUUGCCAUUGAAACUGAUGUGAUGGCACUCUACACUCCCGUUGUCAAAGUCAACCAAUUCCUCGAGAAGAAUGUCACCAUUCGUAUCACCAACGAUCAUCUACAGCUGAUUUCAAUUAAGUUGUAUUCACUUCUUGGUCGUUCAACUCAGUUGAUCGAUACCUAUCCAAUCUCCAAUAUCAAAGUCCUGGUGAGUAGCAAUGACACCGAGGAGUUUGAGUUGAGAUUCAAGAGUGGUGGACAAUCGAUGCAAUUGAAAAGUCCACAACGAUUCCAAAUCGUACAAUCCAUAAAUCAAUCGAUUGCCACUUCCACCGCUAGUAGCGGCGCGGCACCCAGCGAAUCAACUACCUCUUCUAUCAACCCUAUUCCUCAUGAUAUUCCAGGAACUCUAUUGAAUAUGGCAUUGCUCAAUAUGGGCAGUAGUAACUACUCACUCAGAACUGCGGCAUACAAUGUAAUUGCGGCGAUUGCAGUUCAUCCUUCGUUCUCUACACAAUGCCGACUGUUGGAUACUCCAGGACUAUCGAUACCAAAAAAUUCUACACAAAAGAUUGUACAGAUUUCCUCGCGUCUCUCAAAGUGUCAGCCAGAGUUGACACUUGAUUUCAUGUUGGAGGCAAUGCACGGUAUCAACAAGGCUGCACUUUCCUCAAAGUAUUUGGUUCUCGAGUUUAUGGAACCUUGGAUUUCGAAUCUGUCAAACUACACCCGAAAGGGACAAACACCAGAACAGAUAGCUCGCUAUAAAAAGACAACCGAUAUCAUUGAUCUACUGAUAGAGUUGACCAUUAGGGAAUCCGGAUUGAAAUCGAUCAUCCACGAGAGAGUUUGGAUAUGCAUUGGCAAACAGAGUGAAGAUCUCAUUGGUUUGGUACUGCAGAGGUGUUCAUUGAAAUCACGUGAAACCAAAAACAGCGAAAUCAUUGGAGAGAUGGUAUCCUCGAUGGGUUAUACAUCUCCACAGCCCGUAGGUCGUAAGUUGAUUGGUAGAAUCCUAAAGCUAUUGGAUAAGACUGGUCAACUUCAACAAUCGACACUACAACACUCUAGCAGCGAUCUAUCGAUGCAUAUACUAUGGACCCAGAUCACUAUCAAUCUAAGAUUGUUAAUUGCCAAUUCGCUGUUGGCCAACAACGACUUUAAUCUCUCGACCGAAUCGAAAGAGUUGGAGAAAAUGUCGAUUACCAAUGUCGAUCCAGUUGCCAAAUCUAUAUUCGCAAUCCUAAAGGUUUUCAUUGACAGUCGUUUCGAACAAGCUAAGCAAUGGCACAUGCGAUGGAUUCAACUAACGAUAAAGGCUGCAUUUACUAGUAAUCCACCCAUUCAAAGUCGUGCUCUCAUCACUCUUGGCAACAUCGUAAAGAAUAACUCAAUGUGUGAAUUGCUGAUUAGAGAUAUAUUAAAGGUGUUGGGAUCCACACUAAAGACUGCCAACUCCCUUACCAAUUACUCGGAUAUUAUCUACAGUGCGAUCCACUGUCUUACUCGGCUACAAGAGUAUCUCUCACCGAAAUCCAUUGAUACAUUCACCUCGCUCUUUUGGAUUGGCAUGAGUUUUAUGGAGAUCUACGACAGCAAGAUAUUCUCGGUAGCACUGGCUCAGAUUGAAUCACUCAUAAAAAUAAUGGAUAAUCAUCAAUUGUUCGCCGAAGGAUUCCACCCAACUCUGCUUCUCGCUAGAAAUCCAUAUCUUAAAUCACUACAAGCUAUCGACCAAGUGGUUGGAGUCAACUUUGAGAAUAACUUUGCCUUUGCAGUGUCGACUCAUCUCCUCAAAGGUCUGAAGAAUGCAUCGACCAAGAGUUCAACAACUUCUUUGCUAUCGACGAUCCUCAAAAUAGUGUCAAAGAAACCAAUUGAAACCAGUUCAAUGCUCGGAUACCUCGCGCUCCUCGCAAGCGAGGGUGAGUUUUCAUUCAUCGAAAAUCAAUCGGAACCAGGCCAACUUCUUUUCAAUCCUCAGAUGGUAGCCGAUGAAACUCAUGCUGCACUUUUGACACUGAAGAUCUCAUCGGCCAUCACCAACUCUGAGAAUCCAAAGAUUGUGGCUCCCGCUCUCUUUAUAAUGGAUCGACUCUAUAGCUUUAUGAUGGCAGCCCCCACCAACUCAAUCAAUAACAACAAACAAUUUGAUCUCAAACAAAUUGGAUUCCAAGGUAUGAGCGAUGCCGGUGCUGGUUUCCAAAGGCAAACAACCUUGACCAUAAAUCAAUCAAUUCUUAAAUCUACAUCUGAACUCCUUGACAGUGUCACCAACACCGUUUUCCAAUCAAUCUCUGGACAAACAUACCCAUUCAAUGAUUCGGACUUGAAAAUCGAUGAUAUUUCUGAUGAUGAAGAACAUAAAAAAUAA